CCCACACACACCAGCCAAAAUGUCCGAGAGCCUCACCAUCAUGACGCGCGCCCAGGCGGACGCGGUGCUCGCCGACCUCGACCUCGAAGCCGCCAUCAAGGGCCAGGCCGACGUCUUUGCCGCGUACUCGGCUGGCGGGACCAAGCCCGGCGCAGACGGCAUCGCGCCGAUCCAGACCCCCAUGCGCCAUGUACUGGCUAGCCCCGACGUCAACAUGCUCUUCAUGCCUGCUCGUGCGGUGGACAAGACGAGCAUCAAGAUCGUCAGCGUGCCCAAGCGUGGCGGCGACGGCCUGCCCGGCUCGACUGUCAUCCUGGACGAGGUGUCGGGCCGCGUGAGGGCCAUCAUCAAUGCCCGCAGGCUUACGGCGUUCCGCAACGCUGCUGGCUCGGUGCUCUCGUUCCGCGCGAUCGGCAAGACGCAGACCCCUCGCCGGCUCGUGCUCUUUGGCGCGGGCGGCCAGGCAGACGCCCACGCGCUCUUCUUUGCGAGGGCAUACCCCUCCCUCAAGGAGCUGGUUGUUGUCUCGCGCAAGUCGACGCCGCGGUCGACCGCGCUCGUGGCCAAGCUCACCAAGCUGUUCCCCGCCGUCGCCGUGUCGGAGGGCAUCGCGAGCUACCCAGACACAUCGUUCGACCUGAGCGCCGCGAUCAAGGGAGCGGACAUCAUCGUGACCAUGACUUCGUCGACCAAGGCGCUCUUCGCCGCGGCAGACGUCAAGGCCGGCGCGCACAUUGUGCUCGUGGGGUCGUACAAGCCCGAGAUGCGCGAGGUCGAGGACGAGCUCAUCCAGCGUGCUGGGACGAUCCUCGUCGACUCGGCCGAGGCGUGCGGCCACGAGGCGGGCGAGCUGCAGAACGUCGCGGAGGAUAAGCUCGUCGAGAUUGGAGCUGUGGUCACUGGUACUGCUGAGGCCAAGGCCCUGCUGUCGCGCUUCACGUCUGACGUGACCAUCUUCAAGAGCGUCGGUCUCGGCGUGCAGGAUGUCGCUAUUGCCAGCCUGGUGCUCGACCAGGCCGAGGCAAAGGGACUCGUGUCGAAGAUUGACGACUACGACGCUGAGGGCGAGGAGUAGGGCGGGGUAAGGAGCAG